AUGGCUCCUCGGCUCAAAGGGCUGAGCCGCUGCUUCUCGACCAAGACGGUGCACAACGUCGACCUGGGCUGCGAGGCGCAGGCCACAGCCAUCCUCGGCGCCUGCCGGGCAGACCGGGCGCUGCAGCACGCCGUGCUGUCGCUGCGGGUGCUCCACGACCAGUAUGAACGCGGCUACAACCGGGGGUUGAGCGUACAGCAGUACCACGACGACAAGCUUGGCAUCGAGCACUACAGCCUGGCACUGCGUGGCCUCGCCUCCAGGCUGUCUCUCAAGAGCAGCACGGACUCGGUGGCCUCGGCCCUGCUGUGCUGCCAGCUCUUCAUCAGCAUCGAGCAGGCGCGGCAGGACUACCGGGCCAUGGUGCUGCACAUGCUCCGCGGGCUGGCCAUUAUGCACGAGCACGCGGCCAGGCCAUCACUGAUGGACGAGAAGCACCUCAGACCAGCAGCACGGCCUCCGCUCCCAAUGCUGGACCUCUUCCUGAUCAAGCUGUUCAGCGCCCCUUGCAAGUUCGCAGAAAAGGCGUCUCCCGCUGCGAGCCCCAUCAGCGAGGCAUCAUCCUGCACAGGCUCGAGUGUGGCAGGCCCGGCCAUCAAUCGCGGGCCUCGGCAUAUUUCUCCAGACACGCGAGGUGAACUUGUCCGCUUGGCUGCGCAGGUCGCGCAGUUGCUCCAGCAAGUGUCCUUGGCCAAGUCCGCGCAGGCGGCGCGAUGCCUUCGCCAUGCCAAAGCGGAGCUGCUCAAGAGUCUCGACUUGUGGGCUCCGAGCCCGACAUCUACGCCGGGGGACUACACUGGACACCCGGAGCCCUUAACUGUCUUGUUCAUGAGACUGUUCCACGCUCUUUUGCAAGUCAUCCUCUUGCCAGUGCUCGAGUUGUGUCCCCACGAUAAUGUUGCGCUGGUGGCUGCACGCGCAAGGCUGGAGGCGCUGGCGAGCAUCAUCACUGACCAGGUGCAGGACUACUCGGUGUCCAAGAGUCCCGACAAGGCCCCGGACCUGGCCCCAGCCAGGUUGGUCGGGGCCGAGCAGCGCCUCACUUCGUCUGAGAGCUUGUUCCCUUGA